AUGUUGAUAGAUGACUUCGAUGUCAUCCUAGGAUUUGACCUCCUCUUCCAAGCAAAUGCAAGCAUCUUUCUCCACUGUAACAAGAUCCUUAAUGGGGGGAAUCAACCAUGCUUUGUUUCAAGUAUGGCAUGCAUGCGAGCAAGCCCCCAAAUGAUCUCAACCUUACAAUUGAUAAGGCGAGACAUCUACCUCCCAUGA